AAACGUAUUGAUUUUCAAGCAGUGUAUAACAGAAUUUGUUUUUGGUUUAAUUAAAAUUCUAAGUUUAAAAUGAUAUGAUUUAAUUUGGGGGGGCGUAAAGCGAUGCACGCUACACAAAAGGGGUCUUACAACGAAAAAGUUUGAGAACCACUGAUUAAGGUCCAACGUAAUGAAACUACACAAAAUCAUUUCUCACCCACUUUUCAAGACUGCAAAUUUAAAUUUAAUUCGUAAAUAUGCUAAAUCUGCAAAAAACAAAAUGCAUUAUUAAUGUGACCAAACGACUAAUAAUUACCGUCAGAUUCCUCCAAAAUACAGGUCACAAAAUAACAAGAAGUACAGAUCACAAUUACUUGUAGUACUGCAGUAACAUUCCGAAAGUGUGUGGAAAGUCACUUUCAUUUAAUACUAUUUUCCGAUAUAAAAACGCGUCUUAUCGCGUUAGCCUCAAACCUUCGGUUAUGUUUAAAAAACUAAGGAGACAUUCACUAACACUCCUCGAUCCAAACGCAUUUUUGUCAACAGCUGACCUUACUUUGAAAUGCUGCUUUUAUUAUGUCCGCGUGUAUUAUCAACAUCAGCCCGGCUUCACAAGGGCUGCGUCUGGAAUCGCCCACUAUACCCUCAUUCACUAGUCCCUAAUUAGUUAGUCAACUUUAUGGAGCGGGUGAAACGAGUGAGUAAAUUCGGACACUAGGUACACGGGCGCCAUCUUUUGCCAAGACGCGGGAAUUCAUUCGACUGCGCGAGCAUCAUGAUGGCUAGCAGCUAGCCGCGCGUGUUGUUCAUCGGCUGUACAUUAUGAUGCAUCGUGAGAUUAAAUGAGUGCACUCAAUAAUGUCCACUAUGAAUUCGGACACCACUAAAAAUGGAUGUCCCCUCAAAUAGUGCAUUGAAUUAGGGUAUGGGGUCUAUUUUGGACACAGCCAGAGACUCGUCUCUCUAGUUUUGCUGCAGAAAUGAGAAGAGAACGCGAAAGUGCUCAGACGCGAUGUUUGUAAUGUUUGUCUUAAUAAUGAGAUGCUUUACAGGUGUUCUGUAGUAACACAUCCGCAUGUGGUUAAAAAUCUCACUAAACCGCAGGAUUUUGCGUGCAGCGUGCACCGCAAUCCCGACCGUCGUUUUAAUAAAUACACGUAUUGAUGGGAAAACGUAUUUGUUGUGAUUUCAUAACAUUAAUGGCACUGUGCGAGUCCUGAGUGGCAGACAGCUAGUUUUUUCAUCCCAAACGUUAUUCUUUCAUUCUGUAGCAUCACAAUGAGCAAAGCCUUAACUGAACUUAGAUCUUAAUGAUUUAAGUGACACUGACUCGAUGGCAGACUUUAACGGAGUACAAUAUGAAUCGAUGGACAUGGAGGACGAAGGGCCUGAAACAACUCUUGUGGAACCACCGAAUGAUACAGCGGGGGACUCUUCUGAGGAUAAGGAACUGUUGCAGUCAAAGGACUGGAAAUUGUUGUGGUGCUCGUCCCCCUUCAUUAGAAAAUCAGGUUCAUCCAUAAAGAAACUCAAGUUAAAACCAGGGCCCACAAAGUACGCAAGCUCUCACGCUAAAGACAUAAAGUCCUGCUUUCAGCUGUUUAUGCCGAACAGUAUUGAGAACAUCAUCUUGCAUAUGACCAACAAGGAGGGAAGACGUGUGCAUAAGGAGAGCUGGACAAUUCUGGACAGGAUAGACUUGCAAGCGUUCAUAGGCCUGAUGAUUUUGACAGGCGUGUACAGAUCAAAGAAUGAACGCAUCGAAAGUUUAUGGCACGACCGGACAGGUCGGACAAUUUUUCAGACUGUCAUGCCAGUUAAUCGGUUCCUAAUCAUCUCUCGAAUCAUCCGCUUUGAUGACCACGAAACAACAUGCGCCCGAUUCCAAAAAGACACACUCGCUCCGAUAAGAGACGUUUGGGACAAGUGGGUGGAUCUUCUGCCGUGCAUGUACAAUCCAGGCACGGAGGUCACUGUGGGUGAGUGGCUGGUCCCCUUCAGAGGUCACUGUCCUUUUAGGCAUUGCUCACUGCGUAAACCCGGCAGAUGUGGAAUAAAACUAUGGGUGGCUUGUGAUGCGAAGUCGGGCUACGUGUGGAACGUGCUGCUGGACGGCGGCAAAGCUGCUGACGGGAAACCGGAAAAGAAUGGAGACGCGCGAGUUGUGCUUGACGUGACGAAGGGUCUCCGCGGACACAAUGUCACGUGUGACCGCUCUUUUACCUCGUAUGCUCUUGGCAAGGAGCUACUCAAGAGAAACCUUACGAUGGUCGGCAUGGUCAGACAAAGCAAACCCGAACUCCCACUUCAACUGGUGGAUACGAAAGGCAGAGGGAUUUUGUCCUCAAAGUUUGCUUUCACGCAGACGCACGCCCUCGUGUCGUAUAUCCCAAGAAAAUACAAGAAUGUGCUUGUGAUGAGCACGCGGCACAGCAGUGCAGGUAUAAGCAGCAAGGUGAGCAAAAAGCCCAGUUUGAUCCUGGAUUACGAUCGGUACAAAAGAGGUGUAGACAACCUUAACCGGUCAAUCAACGCUUACAGUUGUAAGCAGAAGACAAGCCGUUGGCCCCUCGUGCUGUUCUUUACCAUGUUAGAUGUCUCUGCAUCCAACGCCUCUGUGGUGUGGGCAGAAGUGAACCCGGACUCGGCCAAGCGGAGGACCUUUCUUGAAGAACUGGGGAAAGCUCUGGUGUCUCCCCAAAUGGAGAAACAAAAGCCGGUUCCACGUCCUUAUACAUAUUCUUCUGACACUACGGUGAAGGAACAGGCAGCCGUUAAGCCCCCCGAUGCCAAUUCUACCCCUUCAAAGUCUAAAAGGAAGAGGUGCAGGGUCUGUGCACGGAAUAAAACAAGAACUGUGUGCCAGAAUUGUAACGCGUACAUUUGCAAAGUACAUGCCGUCAUUACACCUCACUGCUACUCGUGCAAAUGACCGCAUGUUUGUUUAGUACCUAAUGUGUAGGAAGUGCUUGAGAUGCACAAUCUCUCAGUAUGCCUGAUGGUUACUUGCAGCUUGAUUUUAUAUAAGAGGUAGAAGUCAGGAUGUAUACAAGUGUGGGUCCCUACAUUACCUUCACAGAAUUUAUGGUAUGUUUUGUAUAAAAACUAUUCAGAUUUGUUUUCAAGAUAUCAAACCAUGUCAAUUGUGUUAAGCUUUUCAGGCACUUAUGUGUAACUGUGAAUUAAAGACCAUUUCAAAUCAUGAAAACUGGGAAACUAUUAUAUUGUUUAAAACAAAUUUAGCUCAUUCACAAACAUUGUAAAUGUCAUUUGUUGUCAUAGUGUUUCUUUGAAAAAUCAAUGCAAAGUGCGCAACCAAUAGACACAAAGUGUUUCUGUUUAAAUGUUUUGGUAUUUUUGAUUAAAAAUACUGUCUUGUAUUUAAAAUGA